AUGCCUCGGGCCGGCGGUCCCCGCGCGCCGCGCCCCGCCGCGCUGCCCCGCAGCCUGUCCCGCCUGCGCGAGUGCCCGGGCCGCUCCCGCAUCGUGCUGGCGCUCGGGGCCACGCAGAUGGCGCUCGGAUGCCUCAUCGUGGCGGUGAGCUUCGCCGCGCUGGCGCUCACCACCUCGGCCCGCGUCCGCCACUCCUGUCCCUUCUGGGCUGGCUUCUCGGUGCUGCUGUCAGGACUCAUUGGCGUCGUCUCCUGGAAGAGGCCUCUCUCCCUCGUGAUAACCUUUUUCAUGCUGCUCUCUGCAGUGUGCGUAAUGCUGAAUUUGGCUGGUUCAAUUCUCUCCUGUCAGAAUGCUCAGCUAGUCAACUCCCUAGAAGGCUGUCAGUUGAUUAAGUUUGACAGUGUCGGGGUGUGUGUCUGCUGUGAAAUGCAGCACCAGUCAUCCGGCUGCAGCAACCUUGGGGAGACGCUGAAGCUGAAUCCGCUGCAGGAGGACUGCAACGCCGUGAGGCUGACGUUGAAGGAUCUCCUCUUCAGCGUGUGUGCCCUCAAUGUCCUCUCCACCAUCGUGUGUGCUUUGGCCACAGCCAUGUGCUGCAUGCAGAUGGUCUCUUCUGAUGUCCUGCAGAUGUUCCUUCCACAAAGGGCGCAUUCCGCCAGCCCUGCCUGUGUGACCCCCCACGGCACCGUUCUCCACCAGACCCUGGACUUCGAUGAGUUCAUCCCCCCUCUCCCACCUCCACCUUAUUACCCUCCAGAGUACACCUGUACUCCCACAGCCGAGGCCCACAGGGGCCUCCACUUGGACUUUGCUCCCUCUCCAUUCAGCACUUUGUAUGAUGUUGCCAUCAACAGCCCCGGCCUGCUGUACCCCGCCGAGCUCCCCCCACCCUACGAGGCCGUGGUGGGCCCGACUGCCACCAGCCAGCUUACGAGUAUAGACCAGCCGGCGACUGAGCCCAGCCCCGGGGACCCAGAUGCCACUGCUGGCUUCAGCACACAAGAGCCCGCAGAUAGCUCGAGCCUCCUGGUAUCUGAGGGUGCCACCGCACCAGGCCUAAGCCCUGAGGGCCCUGUGGGUGCCUCGCAGCCCCUGCCACCUGACCUCGAGUCCUCUGAGGGCCCUGACCAGGGCACGCAGGCACUGCCAGGUCCCGGGCGUGUGGCCCGCUCCACCAGCGACCCCACUUCGUGUGCAUCCAGUGUGGCAGGCAACACCUCUUCGCAUCCGCCCUCCUGCAGCCAGGACCUUGAAGCAGGACUGGCCAGGGCUGCUCUGGGGACCGUUUCCCUAUCUCAUUCCUCCACGGCCUCCUGUGCUUGUCGGCACCGGCUCUCGCCACCUGGGCAGCUAGAUCCCCGGAAAAUGGACCACCGGUUAAAGCCAGAGGCCUUACAGACAGUCUUCAAAGAGCAGCCACACUCAUUAAUGGACGGCAAGGCCCAUGCAGACACCAGGGUUUUGGUGGCUAAAUUUUUGGAACACUCGAACUGUGCCCUCCCUCCUGAGGUACGGCAUGUGGUGGGCACCUUUCGCCCGGCUGUCACGUCCGAUGAGCACCACGUGGACGAGGCCAUCUUCAGUGCCAAUGUUCUGGACCAGGUGUGAACCAGUCACAGGUCUUGACAUGGACACAGGCCUGGGCCAGAGUGUCCUUGCUGGAGGCCACUGUGUGUGCAGGGAGGGGAUGAAGCCCAGGAGUAUCUCUGGGUGGCUCAGAUGGGGAACUGCUCUCCCUCUCUUGCGGAGGAUCCAGUCCAUUGUUUUCUUGGGGAUGACACUUCCUACCUAUUCCAGUGAUGCAGAAAAAUGACUCUCAUGGCCAUUGUGAACUCUUUGGGUUUUUAUCAGGCAUCUAGCACCUGGAACUGGAGACACUAAGCAUCUUCAAAAUCAUGGCCAUCAAAAAGCAAAAUUCUCCCUCACUUCUGAUUUAGUUGAGUGUUUAGUGGAUAGAGGAGGACAAGUAAUGAGACCAUUUUCUUCUAUGGUUUGUAUCACUCACUAGCCAACCCUUUAUCAUGUGCUGACUGGAAAGAAAAUGGGUAAUUCUAGCACGGAUGGCAGCCCAGGCCCAGCUCUCUGCCCGCAGGAAGCAGGGCUGUUGUGGGAACAAAUCAUUAUAGGGGGCCUCGGGCCACCUCCAGGCAGCAAGCCGGUACAACAGGAAGCUUUCCUGGACGCGUUCCCCCCCACCCCCCGCCACCUCUGCCCCAC